UCUUCAAUAUUUAUCUUUAUUUGCCUGGAAAAUUUGUAGCUUUUCCAGACGGACCAAUUUUUCUGAGGUAAAAUUCACAGUCUUACUCCCUCUCGGAUGUAGAUCCAACAAGUACACACGGUGGUGAAACAAGUGGACGAAAGUGUUAACAUUAUGAUGUUUAGCAAACCGCCAAAUGAUGUGCGGAUUUCUGCGGGUGACCUGAUCAGCACGGGGUGCCUCGCCUGAGUGGUGCACCUUUUCCCCCCACACACACGCACCAAAUUUGAUGCUGCUGUGCAGCGUGUGUGUUUGUGUGUGUGGCUGUCGGUAUGUGUGCGGUGUUGGGCGGUAAAAGUUGCAAUGGAUCGGGGUGGCCAUUCAUUCGCUGGCGAUUGGAAGGAGCAGCUAUCGUGUCUCGGUAUUCAACGGUGGGUAACGCUUGGAAGGUAGCCAGCCCUGUGCCAGCCAGUUCCGCUAGUCACAAAGUGUGUCGAGUGGCGAGCGCAUCGGCUCGAGUGUAGGUGUAAUUGGAGCGAUUUUGCGGCAAUUUUCCUUACUGCUUCUACAGUCCCGUACGGCAACGUGUGCGCGAGAGAAGCAUUGUAAUCGAGAAUAAUGAGCCCCAACUCUGCUGCUCGUAAGGAAACACUUGCAGCCGUUUCCAGACUGUGAUUCGUUUUUAGUUUCAAGUGUGCGUGUGUGUCUGUGUGGGUGUAUCGAUACGAAAACAAAUUUUCCAGUCCAAAAAGGAAACGCGACAGCAGUGCCAUUCGGCCGCAAAUAGUGCAUAGCGAGAGAAAAAAAAGUUGUCCAUCAUCACCAAAUUGUGCAACCAGAACGAUUUGUGCUCCGUCUGCUCGCGAGCACAAUAAACAACAACAAAGCGCUGUCAAACGCGCUGCGCCCCGUGACAGAACCCGAUCCCGUUGCGAGCGAGAGGGAAAGGGCGAAGAUUGCAAAACCACCACUGGCGGUAGUGUGAGCAGCACAUCAGAACAGAAGUGUCAAAAGUGCAGUACUAGAAUGUAUGAAUGAAGGAACGCGAUCGCGGUCAGGCUGGUGCAAUCGAACGGGAUAGUUUGUAAAAGGAAAAAAGGGAAAAAAGAAAACACCCAAGAAAGAGUCCGCGAAUACCGGAUUGCGCAUACCGCAAAGCAGCAGUGCGAGUGUGUGCGCGAAUAAGACUGCUCCGACGGCACACUGGCAGGUUCCCCAGAAGUGCACGUGUGCUAGAUGCGAACAGGGCAAAGCCAGCAGUGCGAACAGAACGGAAAGAGAGCGAGUGCGAGUGAGAGCGCGCGAGUGUGUGAGCGUAAGCAGGCCGCAGCAACACGGCACAGCUGAGCGAAGAAAAUUGUCUGCAUAAUCGGACGGGAACAAAACACUGCCAACAGCCACCGUUACGUCCCGAGGGGCGGCCCAAUCAUCCCGAUCGGCAGCAUCUCCCACAGGAUACUGUAGUGUCCAUCCGCCCGCCGCCCAGCCCAAAGUCCUCUAGGUGUGUGUGUGUUUUUUUCGCUUUUCUCGAACCUUCCCCAGAUUGGUGUUAUAGGCACACAGGACCCCGCUCAGCCAUCCUGUUGCCGUGCUAUUGUUACCAUACCAUAGGCCCUACCCACACACGGCGCUCCAGGGCUGAUAAGCGCACCGUCAACCGCACGCAGCCAGCGAAACCGCCAUUUUUAGAGCACCGAACAAUUGUCGCCGCGCACACCUCGCCCAUCAGCCGGUAUCGUGCGAUACAUCCCCCCGCGCGUAUCGCGUCACUAUUCCUUCUCGUCUUCCGAUUGGUCGUCUUCGGCCACGGGCGGGGAACGGUCGGUACUCUGUGUGUAUAGGUGCGCGCGCGUCGCGCGCACUUGGAAAGGCCAGCCCAGGACCGGCGCGAGCAACGGGGAAGGAGAAGGGUAUCUGUGCGAGAAGAGAGCGCCAUAUCUGUAACGGCGGCACACUGCUGUCGCAUCAUCUCUGCGCCAGCGGAAAAAGGCAGAAAGGCUAAAGUUAUCGCGACCGCAGGCUCAGUUUCAUCGCAACCGUGCUACGGUGAAGAAGUGUGUUGGCCACGUUUGUCUCCGUUGCCGGGCCUUCGUCGUGAGUGUGUGUGUCUCUCUCUCGCUUUAUCUCUCUGUGUGCGUACGAGAGUGGAGUGUUGGUGGGUGCUCUGGUACGGUGUCUCUCACGUCUUGUAUCUCGAACCGUGUCAGGUACGCACGCACGCACGUACGCAGCAUGCAGUGAUCGUGUUCGGUCGUGGUUCGCGUUAAUGCACUUUGCGUUUUGGUGAGUGUGUGUGUGUGUGUGUGUGUUUUUUUUCGUUUUCAAUUCCGGAUGUAAACCACGCAUUACUACCACCCAAAAAGAGAAAGAAAAAAAUACAGUGUGCCCCGUCUAGCGACAGACCGACCGAAAGUGUGUGACCGUACGCGAGAGAAGAAAGCCGAGAAAGAGCGAAAGUUACUCGAAGACGACGAAACCAGCGUGUGCGGGCAGUGUCUGGUGUGUGCGAGUUUUCCAUUUCCGGUUCAAAGCUCAACACAGCUCCCGGUGCAUGGUCGCGCGCGCAUGCUGCUCGCCUGCGUAAGGGGUUUUCGGUUUUUUUCUGUUUCGUCCGUACGCCCGGAGUCCAAAGUCCGAUGCGCCAUGCAGAUGAGUUUCUAAUUUUACACCCCAACCGACGGCUCCGUACAGAAGGAGCGACCUGUUCGCAGCCAGCCAGCAAGCCCGCCAGCCAGCUAGGCUGCCGUUUUUUCGUGUCGGUGUGUUUUGGUUGAGAGUGUAUGAAUUGUGCGUGUGGAUACUGGUUGCCUUAGGAGGUGGUGCACAUUGUGAAACGAAAAGAGAGAGAGAUAACGACGAAGGUGAACAUAAAGCGCGCGCGCAAACGCCCCAUUUCGUCCUUUCCGUUUGCGUGACGUUGAUUUACGCCACCGGACACAGGAUUUGAAUCGAACGGCCCCCCCGUUGCAUUCCUUGCUCUGCCCGUUUGUGUGCGCGUGUGUGAAUCCAAACGAUAAAACAAAAACCAAGCAGCUUCAAAUGAUGCGGUUGGGACGAUUCUUUCGUGCGCACGGCGAGUUCUGCGCCUCCCAUCCGUGGGAGGUGAUCGUGGGCCUGGUCACGUUUACCGCCUGCAUCCUUUCGCUCGAGAAGGGUAAUGCCGAUGCACCGCAGCAGCCACCGGUGGCCGGUGACGAGCCGCUGUGCUACAGCUGGCGCUACGGCGCGAUGACGCGCUGCGAGGAAACGGAACGGAACAUGAUCGACGUCAUUCUGAUGAUGGUGGUGCGCGGUGCGGCCAUCCUGUACGUCUACUACCAUCUGUGCAAUCUGCAGCGGAUGGGGUCGCGGUACCUGCUCGGUAUCGCCGGGCUGUUCACCAUGUUCUCCAGUUUCAUCUUUUCGUCGACCGUUCUGAACUUCCUGGGCUGUCAACUUGCCGAUCUGAAAGACGCACUGUUCCUUUUCCUGCUGCUGGUCGACCUGUCCAAGGCUGGCAUACUGGCCCAGCUGGCGCUGUGCGGUGCCAGCCAGUCGGAGGUGACGAAAAACAUUGCCCACGGCAUGGAGGUGCUCGGGCCGGCCCUCACGCUCGACACGCUGGUCGAAACGCUCGUGAUCGGCGUCGGUACGCUGUCGGGGGUGCAGCGGCUCGAGCUGCUCAGUGGCUUCGCCGUGCUGUCCGCGCUGGUCAACUACAUCGUCUUCAUGACCUUCUAUCCCGCCUGCCUGUCGCUGAUACUCGAGCUGACGCACAACGGCGGGGACAACCGGGGCCAGCGCGAGAAUCUGAUCCGCGCGCUGGUAAUGCAGGAGGACAGCAAGCCGAACCCGGUGGCCCAGCGCGUCAAGCUGAUCAUGUCCAGCGGGCUGUUCGUGGUGCACGUGCUGAGCCGGUUCCCCACCCCGGACAAUGAGUCGGACGCGGCGGAACAGAUCAUUGCCGCCCAGACCCACGAGCAUCUGGCCGCGCUGAACAAGACCGAUACGGUCGUAAUCUCGGAGCUGAUUAUGCAUUGGCUCUCGUUCAGCCUGGAGCAGAUCUUCACCUACAUUCUGAUCAUCACGCUCAGCCUCAAGUUCAUCCUGUUCGAUCGGUACCAGCUGAUACAGUCGGUCGCGCAUGAGCAGGCGGCGCAGGCUGCCACCCGCCGGGAGAGCACGCACCAGAACCAGGCGGCGCCAAGCGCUCCCAUCGUCGCACCGUCGCCGCCCGUCACCUUCAGCCUGAGCGAGGCGGUCACCGUGUGCGAGGAAAAGGCGACCCAGAGCGAGCUGAGCCUGAUCGGCAAGGGCUGGCACGGGCGCAGGACGCGCAGGCACACGCUAGUGGAGCAGAGCGGCACGGAGGAGCUGAUCGGUGACGGCGCCGCGGACGACUAUCUGCUCGGCAGCGAGGAGGAGGAGGAGGAGAUCGAGGAAGCGGAACCGCGCCCGCUGGCAGAAUGCGUCCAGGUGCUGGAGGCGGACGGGCACGGCAAGCAUCUGACGGACGCGGAGCUGGAGCUGAUCGUGCGCGAGCGGGCCGCCCUCUGCCCGCUGUACAAGAUCGAAUCGGUGAUCGGGGACGCAGAGCGGGGGGUUCGGUUGCGGCGCAACAUCGUGCUGAAGAAUGCGGGCCUCAGCCCGGGGCUGCUGAAGGAUCUGCCGUUCCAGAACUACGACUACACGAAGGUGAUGAACACGUGCUGCGAGAACGUGAUCGGGUACGUGCCGAUCCCGGUCGGGUAUGCGGGACCGCUGCUGCUCGACGGCAAGCGCUACUUCGUGCCGAUGGCGACGACCGAGGGCGCCCUGGUGGCCAGCACGAACCGGGGCUGCAAGGCGCUGUCCGUGCGCGGCGUCACCAGCUUCUGCGAGGACGUCGGCAUGACGCGCGCCCCGUGCGUCCGCUUUCCGAACGUGCUGCGGGCGGCCCAGGCCAAGCGCUGGAUGGAGGCGGAGGACAACUUCAAGCGCAUCAAGCACGCGUUCGACUCGACCAGCCGGUACGCCCGGCUGCGGGACCUGCACGUCGCCAUCGACGGCCCGGUGCUGUACGUUCGCUUCCGCGCCUCCACCGGGGACGCGAUGGGCAUGAACAUGCUGUCGAAGGGGACGGAGCGGGCGCUGCGCGAGCUGCAGGCCGCCUUCCCCGACAUGGCCGUCGUGUCGCUCAGCGGCAACGUCUGCUCGGACAAGAAGCCGGCCGCGAUCAACUGGAUCAUGGGCCGGGGCAAGCGGGUCGUCUGCGAGACGGUCAUACCGGCGGCCAGCCUCGCCUCGAUACUGAAGACGAACGCCCGCACGCUGGUGCAGUGCAACAAGCUGAAGAACUGGACCGGCUCGGCGGUGGCGGGCAGCAUCGGGGGUAACAAUGCGCACGCGGCCAACAUGGUGACGGCCGUGUUUAUCGCCUGCGGCCAGGACCCGGCCCAGAACGUGACGAGCAGCAACUGCUCGACCAACAUGGAGCUGUGCGGCGAGACGGGCGAGGAUCUGUACAUCACCUGCUCGAUGCCCUCGCUCGAGGUCGGCACGCUCGGCGGCGGCACCGGACUGCCCGGCCAGAGCGCCUGCCUCAACAUGCUCGGGGUGCGCGGGGCCCAUCCGACCCAGCCGGCCGAGAACGCGAAACAGCUCGCCCGCAUCAUCUGUGCCAUCGUGAUGGCCGGCGAGCUGAGCCUGAUGUCGGCCCUGGUCACCAACGAUCUAGUCAAAAGCCAUAUGCGACACAACAGAUCCUCGGUAGCGAUAAACCCAAAUGUGCAGCCACUGGCCAGCAGCGUGAAGGAGGGCGAACCAUCGCGCCCCACAACGUCCUAACGGCUAGCCGCAACCCAUCACCACCAACACCACCAGCAGCAGCAGCAGCAGCCAGCAGAGGUGCAGAGAUGAUGACACGCGGAUCAGCAGGAUCAAGCGCACCCAUUUCGAAACGGGCACGUGCACGUCAAACGAAUCGGCAGUCAAACCCGGGGAGAGAGAGAGAGAAAAUGAUAGAACCGUAACCGAAUGGGGCGGGAGAAGAUACACUUUUAGAGGUAUAAUUUAUUUUUAUAAAGCACGACAUACGACGGCAAAGGAAAAACAAAAACUGUGCGGCGGCGACCGUCAAACCGUCGCCGCCACACGCCCCAUGUAAAUAGUACCCUUUUGGUGGUGGCAAUGAAAGCAGCAAUACGUUGGCAAAGGAGCGCAAGGGCCGACUAAGUUGGCCGCUCGAACAAACCGAAUCCGUGCAAAUCGCGCUCAGCCUUAGUGGACGGGGAAGGAUGUGCUUUGCUUGUAUUGUAUAUACCAUUCACUUAUUGUUCGCUUAACUUGUUGCUGUGGCUUAACCCGAAGCACAAACAAACAAACAAACAAACAAACAAACAAAUCGACCAACGAAAAAAAAUAAUGGAAAAUAGGAUCGUGGCUACUUACACCUGUUGGUUCGAUUACGUUUUAGUUUUAGUUUUAAGAAGCUCGUCGAUAGCUUAGCUCCCCGGCCGGGGUGGUACGCAUACACACGGCCGGGGACGACCGAAUAUAAUUCUCCUCACAAUGCUGCGAAAGCAAAUUUACAUUAAGAUUAUUCCGUCACGCCUAGAGCGAUUGACGAAUUAGGGAACGCAAUGUCACGGAAAGGUUAAACGCUUUUCCUUUUCUCCGUCGUACAUUGUUGUGCUCUAAAUAGAAGAUAUGACAGUUGAAUAGUGCUAAAUGGGAAGAGAGUAAAUCAAGGAUACAACGAAACGAGAACAGGAUUGAGCAGCUGCUAGAGAUGGAAAGUAAAGAGGUUCGUGCGGAGGAUUUGAGCAAAGCGACUAGAGACAUAGAGUGAAUUCGUUCGUUCUCUAGUUGACUGGGUAACCAGCUAAGCCACUGCGUCAAGCAGGCAAAGCUGCCAUGGUCCAUUCGCUUGCCCAUUCCUUUGCAGGAUUUGAGGAAAGUGACUAGGGAUAAAGAGUGAAUUCGUUCGUUCUCUAGUUCUCUAGGGUAAACAGCUAAGCCAUUGCGUCAAGCAGGCAAAGCUGCCAUUGUCCAUUCGCAUGCUCAUUCCUUUGCAGGAUUGAGGAAAGCGACUAGAGAUAAAGAGUGAAUUCGUUCGUUCUCUAGUUUACUGGGUAAAAGGCUAAGCCACUGCGUCAAGCAGGCAAAGCUGCCAUGGUCCAUUCGCUUGCCCAUUCCUUUGCAGGAUUGAGGAAAGCGACUAGGGAUAAAGAGUGAAAUCGUUCUUCGUUCUCUAGCAAAGCCACCGCGUCAAGCAGGCAAAGCUGCCAUGGUUCAUUCGUUUUCCUACACUCGUUCUUUGCACGUAGAGCGGGACCGAAGACAAGUGGGGCGGUCCCGUGGUACAGUCGUCAACUCGAACGACUCAAUAACAUGCCCGUUAUGGGUCCAAGCCCAGAAUGGACCGGCCCGUCCCCCCGUAGCAAGGAUUGACUAUCCGGCUACGUGGUACUGACUAAAGUCUCGAAAGCCUGUAUAGGCCGGCAUGUCCGCGUAGGACGUUACGCCAAAUAGAAGAGAAGAAUAUAAGACAAACCGGCUAAAAUCUGUAUCUUAACGGAUAUUUGGCCCUGCACACGUCUAUCACAUAUUCAGUGACCGCCCACUGGGCCCGAUGAACGGCGAAAGACAAAUGAUUGUGUAUAAGAAAAUCAACCUCAUGGUACGAAAGAUACUAUACUAAACGAUGCACGAUAACAUGGGAAUGCGGAAGCAUUAGCAACAUUCAAACAUAUUUGUUUCUGUUUACUUUAUUUUAAAUAUAAUGAUGUCUUUGCAAAACAGUUGUCGCAUCCAGUCGGUCUCCACACGUGGGUUGGUGGUUGGUGGGCUACCGUACCAAUUGGUGGUGGGUAAAAUUCAGAUGCUAAUUCCUGAAUCGUCGGUAUGAGUUGGUGAUUGCUGCUCACAGCUUCUCACAGCGCACCUAUUUGCGUAUGGUUGAAGUGAUAUCGGGGGAGCAGUACGGUAGCGUGGAGAUGUGAUAGUAGAGGCUUCCAGUUGGAUGGAAGGUCAACAAUGACUGGGUUGAAACGGGCACUAGCAGCACUCCCGCGCUUGAUGUGGAGACCGACUCUCAGAAUGUGACAACAUAUCGUAGAAUUGUAGCGAGUACUGAAGCAAAAAAUACUAAUGAAGAGUAAAGCUAGUUCAAAACCGAA